AUGGCGGCAACCCAACAAGGGCAGACUACGGAUCGUCCCACCGAAGAGAUACCAACUCAAUCGGAUCACAUUAACAUAGUGGGUACAACAACUAUAGGUCAUUCAAGGGAUAUCACUAAUCACUCUGGAUCUUUUGCUUCAGGCGGAGAUCAACCUCUUUAUGCGCCCCAACCCCAGCCCCAACCUUUCUACUAUAGAGGUUUUGACAAUACCAACCGCCAAUGGGAUGACUAUCCUGCCGGAAUAGAAAUUCCAUCUCCUGGUGUCUACAAUGAAAAUCAAUCCGUUGUUUUCCAUUCUGGAUAUGGCUUCAACCCACAAAUGCCAUAUGGACCAUAUUCCCCAGUUACCUCACCUUUGCCUUCUGUAGGUGGAGAUGCACAGUUAUACUCUUCUCACCAAUUUCCAUACACUCCACCUUAUUACAACCACCUGCUUCCUCCUACCUUACCAUAUCUCAAUUCACCGUCUCCAGUUUCUCAGCCAGAGCUAACCAACCUCUUAGGUAUUGACCAACAACUUGAAACCAAUUAUUUUGGACACAGACCAGCCUAUCCUUCCAUGGGAUCUUUUGCUAGAGGAAGCUUUCCUGUAGCCCCUGGUUCUUUCGCCUUUCAUGAAUCUCACCAAGGCUUUGAUGGACCAAGAUCUGCUGGACUCUGGUCCGAUUCCUCCAAACCUUCAGAAAGGCAGAGGUCUUUGAUGCCUCUAUCCACCUCUGUUUCUCAACAGCCAAUUGGCUCCGUCAGGUCAUUUGGGCCCACCGCUGGAAUGGCUUCUCAUCAACAGCGAUCAUUGUAUGGGUUUGGAUCCAGUUCAAACCCCUAUGGUAGAGGAUAUCUCUCUAACUCCGGUUCUAGCUUUGGAGGAUCAGGCAUUUCCAGCCUUAGUUCUAAUGAUAGGAGCUUCCUUUCUCUUGAAAAUAGCCGACGGCACGGCAGGGAAAAUGCUUCUCUCUGCAGAUGUAAUGGUACUCUUGAUAUCCUUAGUGAGCAAAACCGAGGACCAAGAGCCUCAAAGCUGAAAAAUUAUAUAUCAUCUGAAAAUAAUUCUAUUGAUGGUAGUAAAAAUAAUGCAUCUGCUGCCAAGUUCCAAGAUGAAUCACUCAAUCGGCCAGACUUUGCCACUGACUACAGGGAUGCCAAAUUUUUUGUCAUCAAAUCUUAUAGCGAAGAUAACGUUCAUAAAAGCAUCAAAUAUGGUGUCUGGGCAAGUACACCAAAUGGAAACAGAAAGUUAGAUGCUGCAUAUUGCCAAGCAAAGGAGAAACAAGAUGCCUGUCCGGUUUUUCUCUUUUUCUCGGUAAAUGCUAGUGCUCAGUUCUGUGGAGUAGCUGAAAUGGUUGGACCUGUCAAUUUUGACAAGAACGUGGACUUCUGGCAGCAAGAUAAGUGGAGUGGGCAGUUUCCUGUUAAGUGGCACAUAAUAAAAGAUGUUCCGAACAGUCAGUUUCGUCACAUUGUUCUUGAAAAUAAUGAUAACAAGCCUGUUACCAACAGUCGAGAUACUCAGGAGGUGAAAUUGCAACAGGGGAUUGAAAUGUUGAUCAUUUUCAAAAACCAUGAAACUGAUACAUCCAUCCUUGAUGAUUUUAAUUUCUACGAAGAACGGCAGAAGGCAAUGCAAGAACGGAAGGCAAGGCAGCAAAGCAGCGUGAUGAGUACUGGAUUAGUUGGGGGGAGUGAGCAUAGGAGUUCUUCGGACAGUACUGGUGAUUUCAUCAAGCAGGUGUCAGAAAACUUUGCUCUAGUUGUCCGCUUAGAUGACAACAAUAACCAAGUUAUUGCUGCCAACACUGAUGGUCCCACUGGUAAUGUAUUUAAACCUGAUGAAGGCAUUUUAGUGAAUGCCUCUUCAAUGCAAACCAGUUAG